CUUCCCAGGUAAAUAUGUCCACAUGUUACAGCUAACAGUGAUGGUAUUUUUUUAUAUACAUGUAUAUAAUAGUUGCUAUCCGUGCUUUGAAUAACUAGUGUCAUUGCAGUAAAACCUUCUCGGGUAAUGUACGGGAACAAGAAGGUGUCAAGAUGACGAGAUGGGCCAGAGCCAAUAACAUCCAUAAACACAAACCAGCCGACGCCACCCCAUGGGACCAGCUGAAACACACUACUGCUCAGUCGGGAGCCAAAAGGACAUUCCCUGCUUCCACAGGAAGACCACGUCCAGUUCCAUCGGACCCUCUACGGAGGACUCAGCGGCAGGAGCCUGCAGAUUAUAAAAAGCCCAACAAGAAGAAGAAGGACUAUGAUAAUGUAGACGUAAACGGCUUCAUGGCGUACCUGGAGGAGAGCGGCCAGCCUCUCCCCAGGGGCCAACAGGACGGGGAGCAGGGCCUCCGAGAAGAGCUGGAGACCGCUGUGAGGAAAGACAACCGCCGGGAGGACAGGAGGAUAAGGAGGCAAAACGAUAAGAAAAGUAAAAUGCUCUGCUUCAACUGUAAGCAGCCGGGCCACGGUCUGGCUGACUGCCCCGAGGCGGAGCGCGACGCGGAGAUGGGCAGGGGGAUCUGCUUCCGUUGUGGAUCCACUGAACACGAAGUCACGAGGUGCCGGGCGAAGGUGGAUCCGGCUCUAGGGGAGUUUCCUUACGCAAAGUGCUUCAUCUGUGGAAAGACGGGGCACUUGUCACGGUCGUGUCCUGACAACCCUAAGGGUCUAUACAAAGAAGGAGGUAGCUGUCACGUGUGUGGCUCUGUGGAGCACUUCCAGAAGGACUGUCCCGAGCACCAGUCUAAAGUGACCGCCAUCACGUUGGGCUGGCUGUCCAACAACAUGAGUGCCGACCACGAGGACGUGGACGUGCCGGUGAAGAAAGCCAAACCUAAACAGGCCAAGGUGGUUGUGUUCUAAUGCCAUGCAAUCAAACGUUAUCCACCUCACUAGAAUGGUAUAUUACCAUGUGAAGAGUUAUGAUAACGCUUUUGGGAAACAUUUGAUUGGCCUCGCUGUGUAAACUUACGAGGUUUGUUGUUAGUUUUUUGUUGUUAGUUCUGGUGAGGUCAAAUGAAAGAACAGCACAGAUAGAACAACAACACAAUCUAACAAUCAUUCAGGUUGUUGUACAUCUCUACAAUAAUUCUUUAUAUUAAAAUGUGUUAACUAUGUACUCAAAGAUUUAUAAUACUUUAAAGCUUUAAGUUAAGGGUUAUGUAGCUAAUAAACUAUGCUUCUAUUUAAGGUGUCCUUUGAACACGUUAUUUGUAGGUUUGUUUGGUCAAAUUGUUAAUAAAACUCUUUAAAGCGA